GAAGGAAAGCAUUUCCAGUGCAUUGAACGGGGACCAAAAUGUCAGAAAGUGUUUAAAAUACAAGUAAAGAAAGACACAUUUCUUCAGGCAUUGACGCGUUUCAUUUACAUACGUGGGAAAUUUAAGAAAAGGGAGUCGAGAUCGCGAGAAUCGAAGAUCGAACGAGGAAUCGUUUGGACUGCGAAGCGCGCGGAUCGUUGGCCGAGAAGUCAAGAGAGUGAGAGAAGUGAUCGAAGGGGCCGACUACUGGGAGUCCAGGGUGCACAUGCUGCAAAGACGAGGAUCAGUGUUUGCGGAGACACGCGCGUCGCUAUGAGACCGUGGACGAAUAAGUCGCUCGGCCUCGGCAUUUUAGGGCUCUUACUGGUGGCCCUUGGGAUCUCUCUUUGCUUCUUACGGCCGCUAUUCUUUCACCAUAUACUUCAAAAAGGAUUGGCUCUAUCGCCGACUUCCAAUAGUUUCGAAAUAUGGAAAGACACUAGCAUAUUACCGCCGAUGUACUUCAAGAUAUACAUCUUUAAUUGGACCAAUCCGGAGGAACUUGGUAUAAAGAAGCCGCGUUUGGAACAGCUUGGUCCUUAUUCCUUUAGAGAGAUAAGGCAAAAGGACAAUAUUACUUUUCAUCAUGAAAACAAAACUGUCAGUUACUUGGCGCGACGAAUAUGGUACUUCGAUGCAGAGCAGAGCAAUGGAAAUCUCAGCGAUACCGUCGUCCAUUUGGAUCCGGUUGUUGCGUCGGCAGUGCACAAAGUUCGAUACUGGGAUUUCGAAUGGCAAAAAUCUUUAUCCUUCCUCUUGGCUGGCAGAAAAAUCUACACUAUAAGAACAGUGGACGAACUACUACAUGCAGGUUACAGCGACCCCUUACUUGCUAUGGGCAAGGCGAUGGUUGAUGAUCCUGAAAUACCGGCUUUUGAUCGUUUCGGUUGGUUCUACAUGAGAAAUGGCAGCACAGAGUUCGAUGGACAUUUCAAUGUAGAAACAGGCGAGAACGACAUCAGUCAGUUGGGAAUCAUAAGGAAAUGGAAUUAUAGAGACACAACAAAGUACCAUAAGAGCCCUUGCAAUGUCAUCGAAGGCAGCGCGGGUGAAUUUUGGCCACCUGGCAGGACGAAGGAUGAUAUUACUCUGUUUAGCGCAGAACUAUGCCGUCCACUAGUCUUUGAAUACGAAGGAAUAACUACUCACUUCGAUAUCGAAGGUUAUCGAUUCAGCAUUGACAAAAAAACCUUAGAAAAUGCCACAAAGAGACGUUAUCCUCACGAUCAAGCGAAAUUUUUCGAAUCAACCACAACUACCGAGGACUUCUUUGACGCCGAGCAUUCGGCUGAUAUGGGAUUCACUACCGAAAGCAUCUACAAUAAUGGUCGUACAUCCGAGAACAUGGAUGAGAAUCCCGACAAUGAUCCGGAUGUUAUUAAUAUGGGUAAUUGCUACUGUAAUGGCGAGUGUACGCCAUCGGGUCUGCUAAACAUAACAGCGUGUCGUUAUGGAGCGCCGGUCUUCAUCAGCUUACCUCAUUUUCACAAGGCUGAUCCGGUUCUUCUCAACGCGGUUGAAGGUCUGAGACCCAACGCGAAGGAGCACAGCUUCUUCAUCACUCUAGAACCCACAACCGGAAUUCCUUUGGAAGUAACAGCUACAUUUCAAGUUAACAUUCAUCUACAUUCAUCGGAGCUUGUGACACUCUUCAAUAAAGUACCAGACAUCUACUUACCAAUGAUAUGGUUCCAAUUGAAAAUAGAAGUUACUGAGGAAAUGGCGUCUAAUUUAAAUUUACUAGCACUUCCAAUCGUGAUGCUGUGUAGCGGCAUAGUUAUGACAAUUAUUGGAUUAUGCUUAAUUGGCGCCGUGGCGCUUCAUCUCGGAAGAAAACGACGUAUAAUUCAAACGGACGCCACGUCAGAAAAGAUGGUCGACAACCCUGACAAGAAAACGGAAAUGGUGUACAUAGAUAAAACAAAUAGCAACGACGAUAGUAACGUCAAAAGCGAUCGCCGUUUGCACGCGAAACCCUAGUAUAAAGAGCUUCUUCAGCGAAUUAUGCUUCCAAAACGGAUACGUAAAUGGUGUUAGGAAAAUGUGUAAUGGAAAUAAGGCAACUCUGACAUGUGAAGUUAAUGUUAACGUGUUGUUAUUCAAGUGAAUGUUUAUGUGCCUUUAGCCCGACAAUUCUAGGACGACUGGACACACUGUCCUAAAAUAUAAAUUUGUAUUUAACAAAGUGUUGAGCAACACACAAGCCAAUAGAAUAUAUUUACAUACAAUUAUUAAUAAUAAUCAGUAAAAAAAUUGCAGAUAAUUAUAAAAAGUAAACUUAUUAUGAUUGGAAUUAUGAUAUCGAGUACGUUUGAUGUCGACAGAUUACAUUUCGAGUCGAUAUUCCUUAGCUCGAGUAGGAAUAAAUUUAUUAUACGAUAGUAGAAUGUACAAAUAAUCAUUUUCUCUAAUCACGAGCUGCUUGCAAUCAAAGUGUAAUAUUGUAUGUGAGACGAAGUGUGAAAGCGAAUAUACGGAGAGAUAUUAUAGAAAGGUACAUACAGAUUAUUCGAGCAAUGAUUAUGCAUCGUACUCUUUAUAAAAAAAAGAAUACAAACUUCUUUUUAAAUUCGAGAUCAUAUUCGCUUUAUGAAUAUCGAAUUCAUCGUGAUUGUUACAUUCCUGCAUGACGUAUAGAUGUAAAUGGAAUGAUAUUAAUCUUGCUAAAUUAAUUUGGUACGCUAAGACUGACAGAACCGACGUUCGUCUCGAAAAGCUUUAAUUAUUCUUUAUUACUUUUUCUAUUGCAAAUUAUUUUAAUUCGGUUAUUUUUUAUUAGUUUAUUACAUCUAGUUUAUUAUUUCUAGCUCAUUACAACGUUAAAAUUGUAAAAUUGUUUUGAUUUAAAUAAUCUGUAAAUAUAUAUAUCACUCUAUGCGAUAGAUAACUAGAAGAUAAUUCAAAUAACAUCAGCAUUAAAAGAUAGUUGCAACACAGACGAAUGAAAGGUAAAAAAAAAGCUUUACAAUAACAAACACACUACAACGAAACCGAAUUUAUCUUUUGCUUGAAUUCAAGCAAAAUAUGACUGUUACUUCCCUUUUGAUUCGUUUAGAUUUUUAGACAUUAAUGGGGAGUACGAGAAUUGUAUACAACGAAUUCUGUCAAUAAAUUAAGGAUAUAUAGCUAUAGGAAAUAUAUUAUAUAUAUACAUACUUAUAUAUAUACAUACUAUUUUAUUGCAAAUAGCAAUAUGCUAUUCUUGUAUAACAGAAUAUCUGUGAUGUGCCUUGGUGUUAUAAUUGUGAUUGUCGCGGGUUUUCGGUACUCUAUUUACACAAGUAUUUAGAUAUUGACAUCAUGCAUAAUCUCGAGAUAACGUCGCGGUUUUUUAACAUUUGAAUCAAUGUAAAAAAAUUAUCUCUUAUCGUGUUAACAUAGAAUUAGAAAAAUUCCAGUAUACAUGUUUCUUAACAUGUGUUUCUUUUGACGUGUUAUCAUACUUAGCGUGUAGAGUAAUAGUGUUAUGUGCGUAUUGUCCAAAGUUAAGUUACCAUACUAAUUUUUUGUUAAAAUAUAUACACCUCACAGGAUAAUAUUUAUAUGACAGAAUUUGUGUGAUACUCUCUUUUUGAAUUAUUUCUAUUUAUGUAGAGCAAGAAUAGUCAUUUACUAGUGCCAAUGACAUUUAAACUAAGCGUUAUGUGUUCGACAAUGAAAGUCUCGGCGAAUGUUACCAAUUUUAGCGUAAUUUUACAUCGAUGAUAUGUAAGUGUAUUGAACGGUUUUAUGUUAAAAUACAAAUAUGUUGGCCAUAUGAUCCCAAUUGGACAAAGUUAAUUUUAUAUUGUAUUUUAAUAAAAGUUACCAUUUUUAUGUA